CUGCUUUCGAGGAAUCGGGCGGAGAGUGGGUUAAAGAGUUCCAUUUCGGGGCGGCAUCUUUCCCGAUCGUCGAGUGUCGAUACCGAGGCGGAGAGAGGCGAUGGGGCUUCUCUCGAACAGGACCGGGAAGGAGAGUUUGAAGUCAGGAGAUCAUAUCUACUCGUGGCGGACUGCAUAUAUCUACGCCCACCACGGCAUAUAUGUGGGUGAUGAUAAGGUCAUCCACUUCACCAGAGGUCUCGGCCAAGAGGUGGGAACUGGAACUGUUCUAGAUGUUGUUCUCGCAAGUUCUGCGCCUAAACGAAACCUGACACCCUGCCCAAAGUGUGCCUAUCGAUCAUCGGAUUCCUGUGGAGUGAUCUCUUCUUGCCUGGACUGUUUCCUCGCUGGUGGAGUCCUCUAUCGUUUUGAGUACGGCGUCAAUCCUGCACUCUUUCUCGCUAAAGCUCGGGGCGGCACCUGCACCCUCGCGAAUUCUGAUCCAGAUGAAAUGGUCAUCCACCGAGCUAACCACCUACUCAACAACGGCUUCAGAUGCUACAGCUUGUUCAAAAGCAACUGCGAGGACUUUGCCAUCUAUUGCAAGACGGGUCUUCUUGUAGCGGAGCGGGGCGUCGUCGGACAAAGUGGACAGGCGAUAUCAGUAAUCGGCGGACCGCUUGCCGCUGUCCUCUCGACGCCAUUCCAUCUCAUCACGACUAACGUGUAUGGAAUGGCAGUGACCGCUGUCGGAGUCUACUGUGCUAGCCGGUAUGCUGCAGACAUCGGCAACCGCAUAGAUGUGGUAAGGAUUCCUGUCGAAGAACUCACAGCUGGGCUAGCAUCUGGAAGGGUUCAGGUGGUGGAGGGAAAUCAACUGGCUGCAGCAUCUCAUUGACCAAUAAGAAGGUUUCUGCUAACAACCAUUUUAGUUAUCAAGCAGUCCUUUGAGACAUCCCAUAAAAUUGCAACGAUAUGUUGUAUGAAUUUGCAGUAUCACAUAUUCAAGUUUGAUGUUAUGCUUCAACGAUCACACAUUUCUUGGGAUGAUAUUUUGCUAUCAAA